AAGCACACUGAAUCCACUCCACUCCUGUGCACAAGGGUUGAAAAUCUUCUGGUCUACGGAGUGAAAGAAAAAGAAUAAGAAAAAAAAGGGGGAGCUGCCCAAGGAGGAUCUGCUCAUCAGCACUUGUAUAUUUCGAAAUGACGACGAAAUCGAUCUCUAGCCCUGUACCAGACGCAUGGUACCCAACCCUUGCUGUUUUCAUGCUCGCUAUAGGUCUCGUUGUCACUGCUUCUUUCUUCAUCUAUGAAGCUACUUCCUCCAGGAAGAAUCGCAGUCUCGUGAAGGAGCUCACUACAGCGGUGGUGGCAUCUGUCUUCUUGGGUUUUGGAUCCUUGUUCUUGCUACUUUCUUCUGGCAUCUAUGUUUGAUUUUUCUUUUUCCCUAUUAAAUAGGAUGAGGUUUUGUUCUGCAAAUUAAUUAACAUGACGGAUUGCUUUUUUGAAACUGUGAGUUAGAGCUAUAACUUGGUUUCAAGUUUGAGAGCUACAUCUAUAAAUGCAUUUUACUUCGCUUAUUCUCAUUCUGAUA